ACGGAGUGCCAGUGUGGCUCGCAGUUUUUCACGACAAGUAUAUACAAAAGUGAUCAACAAUGACGCGACAGAGUGCAGGCACCACGGAAAAUACCUCACAGUUUCACUCUUUGUCAACAGCUACUUCUGUCUCAUCCUUGCCAGGCAUGGUUCAUGGCGAAGAACGGACACCUCUCGUGAAUCAAGGCGACGUUGAAGCAGGUCACACGACUCAUGCCCAGUAUGGCUCUUCUCGCUCUCUGAGAACUGCUACUUCUGGUACCGAUGAAACUCCAAAGGAUACUAGCAAGCGCAACUCGAUGUUUAUGAAACGAGUCCGAUACUAUGUUCCGUCUACGGCGUGGAUACCUGACUAUUCAGCUUCCCUAUUGAGUGGGGAUCUUCUAGCUGGAAUCACUCUUGCGGCUAUGCUCAUUCCGCAGUCUGUCAGUUAUGGAACUUCACUUGCGAAGCUAAGUCCUGCCACUGGUUUGUUCGCUGCCGCCAUACCGCCGAUCAUGUACAGUCUUCUGGGAACGUGUAGACAACUCAACGUUGCUCCGGAGGCUGCGCUUUCACUCCUCGUUGGACAAGCAGUCUCUGAUUAUCGUCGUGGGGACCAUCAUACCCGUCCUGAAGAUGCCGAUGCCGUCGGCAUUGCAGUUUCCACUGCGAUCACGUUUCAGGUUGGGCUAUUUGCGUCCAUGCUUGGAUUCUUUCGGCUGGGCUUCCUGGAUGUUGUCCUCAGUCGUGCGCUCCUCCGAGGUUUCGUGACUGCAGUUGCGGUCGUCAUUACGGUAGAACAACUCAUACCUAUGUUUGGCCUCGUUGCCUUAGAGGGUGAAGUGAAUCCCGAGUCAACCCUUGACAAAAUAGUUUUUCUUCUAGAAUUUGCAUGGAGUGAUUACCACAAACCGACGAUGCUGGUCAGCUUCGGGGCGCUGCUCGUGCUCAUAAUCAUGAGAACUUCCAAAGGUUAUUUCAGACGUACUUGGUGGAUUGAACGGCUCCCUGAAGUCCUCAUCGUUGUCGUGCUGUCUACAAUCAUUUCAGGCCGUCUGCGUUGGGACGAAGACGGUGUCGAUAUCCUCGGCGUGAUACCUAUCAAAACUGGUGGCCAUUUCUUUAGCUUUCCGCUGAAGCAAUCCAUAAGCUAUAUCAGAGGAACAACAUCGACCGCAGUCUUGAUAACCAUCAUGGGUUUCUUGGAUAGUACCGUUGCAGCGAAGCAGAACGCCGAUCGCUUUGGUUACUCCAUCAGUCCGAACCGUGAACUCGUUGCACUCGGUGCUGCCAACCUUGUCGGAUCUUUUGUUCCCGGCACGCUGCCAGCAUUUGGCUCAAUUGUGAGGUCGAAGAUUAAUGGUGAUGUUGGUGCACGCACGCAAUUGGCCUCCCUGGUCACUGCUGGUAUAACGUUGCUGGCGACAUUCUUCCUUCUCCCGUAUCUAUACUUUUUGCCAAGAUGUGUCUUGGCCUCGAUCAUCUGCUUAUUUGUGAUAUCAUUGUUUGGCGAGGUUCCUCACGACCUAAUGUAUUAUUGGAGGAUCAGAGCUUGGACUGACCUUGCAAUGAUGUUCCUCACUUUCUCGCUCUCUGUCAUCUGGAAUAUCGAGAUCGGAAUCAUUGUCAGUCUCAUCAUUUCUUUGCUGCUUGUCAUCAAGCGUUCCUCGCACACACGAAUGAUUAUACUGGGACGCAUUCCUGGCACUGAUCAAUGGGGGCCCAUUGCUGACAUUCCGGGUGCUGAAGAUGUUCCUGGCAUAUUGAUCAUUCGUAUCAGAGAGAGUUUGGACUUUGCUAACACGGCACAAUUGAAAGAACGUCUUCGUAGACUGGAGUUGUAUGGCCCAGAAAGAACUCACCCUUCAGAAGAGCCAAGGAGGCAGCCCGCAAGCACAUUAGUAUUCCAUAUGGCAGACGUCGAAACGUGUGAUGCCUCUGCGGUGCAGAUCUUCCAUGAGCUGCUGGAGACAUAUCAAAACCGCGGCGUCGAGCUCUUUGUGACUCACCUCCGUUCUGGUCCUCGAGAAAUGUUUGAACGUGCAGGUAUUGAGGAGCUCCUAGGCUCCGAGGCAUUCUUUGCCACCUUGGGAGAAGCCAUGACCAGUAUUGGGCAGCGAUGAUGGAUCCAACCUGGACGUGGUUGUUUGGCGAAGACUUACGACUUUUAACGACCGUUGAGUUUUUGACAAGGUAAUACAAAGGGCACAUAGACUAUUGGUACUCGGAGAAUAUGGCGGAGCUUGCGGGUGGAUCAUACAUACAUAUGCAUGUAAUACGCUUAUAUAUAUCGCAUCUAGGGUUGAAACUCAAGAAGUGUCGGCAGCUAUAUAUGUUCUUGGGCGCUUACUUGCUCAUGUUCAGAUGUCA